AUGCCACAGAAGGCCACAGAGUUCCACGUUUCCAUGGUGCCUUUGGGGCCCAGGACAUGCCACAGAAGGCCACAGAGUUCCACGUUUCCAUGGUGCCUUUGGGGCCCAGGACAUGCCACAGAAGGCCACAGAGUUCCACGUUUCCAUGGUGUCUUUGGAGCCUACUGGAGGCUGCUGGUGGCUACUGGAGGCUGCUCUUGGCUACUGGUGGCUACUGGAGGCUGCUGGCGGCUACUGGAGGCUGCUGGUGGCCGGUGGUGGCCGGUGGAGGCCGGUGGAGGGCGGUGGCGUCCCGCUGACGGCGCUGUCCCCGCAGACACGACGGGCUGGGGCGUGUCCCCGCGGGGCGCCGGGUACCUGUUCGGCAGCGACGUGGUGGCUCAGUUCAACGCCUCCAACGACAUCGACAUGAUCUGCAGGGCCCAUCAGCUGGUGAUGGAGGGCUACAAGUGGCACUUCAACGAGACCGUGCUCACCAUCUGGUCGGCCCCCAACUACUGCUACCGGUGUGGGAACGUGGCUGCCAUCCUGGAGCUGGACGAGCACCUGCAGAAGGAGUUCAUCAUCUUUGAGGCGGCGCCGCAGGAGACACGUGGGAUCCCCUCCAAGAAGCCCGUGGCCGACUACUUCCUGUGACCCCCUGCCCGGGGCCACCUGCGGCCACCACGGGGCUACUGGGACCAGUAGGGGAUGGGAGGUGGCUACUGGACCCUUUGUGAGGUGGCCACAGCUGGUGGCACCUGGGGAGAGUUGGUGGUGACACCAUGUUCCUCAUCCCUUCCUUGGCCACCGUGAGGUCACUCGAGGCUCCUGUGGCCACCUGAGGUCACCCAGUGGCCACUGGGACCAGUAGGGGAUGGGAGGUGGCUACUGGACCCUCUGUGAGGUGGCCACAGCUGGUGGCACCUGGGGAGGGUUGGAAGUGCCACCAUGUUCCUCAUCCCUUCCUUGGCCACCAUGAGGUCACUCGAGGCUCCUGUGGCCACCUUGGGGCUCCUGUGGCCACCUGAGGUCACCCAGUGGCUACUGGGACCAGUAGGGGAUGGGAGGUGGCCACUGGACCCUCUGUGAGGUGGCCACGGCUGGUGGCAUCUGGGUGGGGUUGGGAGUUGCCCCAUUCCUUGUCCCCUCUGUGGCCACCAGAAGCCACCAACCCCCUCCCAGUGGCCACCCCAUGACCUUUGGUGACCUCCCAUGACCUUUGGUGACCCCCCAUGACCCCUGGGGACUUUUGGGGCCCCCCUGUAACCCCAC